AGUUGCACUGGAUCUAAACAGACAUUGCGUGCUGCAAUUGGAAGCCCUGCCCAUUUUUUAGAAGACAAGAAGUUGCUACACACUAACAAAAAUGAAGCUAAAGAAAAUCGGUGUUGUAUCUUCAGAUUCAUGAAACGCUCCCGCUUGCUUGUUUUGCCUCUUUAUUCAUCAUUGUUGGAAGUUCAGUGAGCGUACACCGUCACACCGCGGGGCUCUGACUGCGGAGAAGGUGGCUUAAAGAGGCACUGUGGAAACGUUUCUAGUGUCUUAUGUUGAUCCGUUUGUUUUCUAAGCCAAACCUCUAACCUCAGCGAUUUGCCAGGGCAGGUGAAAAUCAGAGGAGCUAGGAAAUGAGCUCUCCCCCUAUACAGCAAGAGAACAUGAAUAGAAAAACGUCAUGUUUUUCUAACAUCAAAAUAUUCCUUUUGUCGGAAUGCGCACUGAUGCUAGCGCAGGGGACAGUCGGCGCGUACUUGCUCCCUGGUUUUUUGGGCUGCACUUUUUCUCUUCAGGAGGACAUACCGUUUGAUCAGCCUCCGCCGGACGUGUUCGUCCUCAGCCAGGUGAGUGUUCUAACUACAUUGGAGCGCCGCUUUAACCUGCAGAGUGCUGAUGUGGGUGUGAUUGCCAGCAGCUUUGAGAUUGGGAAUCUGGCACUCAUCCUGUUCGUCAGCUACUUUGGUGCUAGGGCUCAUCGGCCACGUCUGAUCGGCUGUGGUGGAAUUAUCAUGGCAUUGGGUGCACUGCUGUCUGCACUGCCUGAAUUCCUCACUAACCAAUAUGAGUACAAAAACACUGAAUUGUGGAGGAAGGAGCCAGGAAGGGACAUGUGCUCUAAUGUGACAAGAAGAAAUAUGGAGGAUGAUGGCAUAUGCAGCAACAAAUCUAAUACAAACAUGAUGUACCUGCUGCUUAUUGGUGCCCAAAUGCUACUGGGAAUUGGGGCAACACCUGUACAGCCUCUGGGAGUAUCUUAUAUAGAUGACCAUGUGAGAAAAAAAGACUCUUCCUUGUAUAUUGGUAUAUUAUUCUCAACCUUGGUUUUUGGACCUGCUUGUGGCUUCAUCCUUGGUUCAGUCUGCACCAAAUUCUAUGUGGAUGCUGUCUUUGUUGAUACCACCAAGCUGGACAUCACCCCUGAUGACCCCCGUUGGAUUGGAGCCUGGUGGGGAGGCUUCCUAAUCUGUGGGGCUUUACUUUUUUUCUCCGCUGUCUUCAUGUUUGGUUUCCCCUCAUCUCUAUCACAGCGAUAUGGUAACAACAGGACCGAGAGUGAACAGCCCAUGCUGCCAGGAUCACAGAGUUUUGAUCAUCCAAAGCCAAGUAAUGGUGUCCUUCACAACCAUCAUCCUGACAGUUCCUGUUGUGAUCAGCUUCGAGUGAUUCCCAGGGUGACUAAACACCUGCUGUCUAAUCCGGUGUUCACCUGUAUUGUCCUUGCUGCUUGUAUGGAGAUUGCUGUAGUUGCUGGUUUUGCUGCCUUCUUGGGCAAGUACUUGGAGCAGCAGUUUAACCUUACAACCACCUCAGCCAAUCAGCUUCUGGGUAUGACAGCCAUCCCAUGUGCAUGUCUGGGCAUUUUUAUGGGAGGUCUUUUGGUGAAGAAGCUGAACCUCUGUGCUUUGGGUGCUGUUCGGAUGGCCAUGUUGGUCAACCUGAUUUCAACCGCCUGCUAUGUAUCUUUCCUCUUUCUUGGCUGUGACACAGGCCCUGUUGCUGGUGUGACCAUCGCCUAUGAUAAUGAAACUUUGCAGCCAGGCCAAAAACCAGAAGCUACAUGCAUUAGCAACUGUAACUGCCACACGUCAUCUGUUAGUCCUGUUUGUGGCUCUAAUGGGGUCACAUACCUGUCUUCCUGCUUUGCUGGCUGCACCAGAUCCAUUAGCACUGAAGUGAUUCCUCAACCAGCUAAGUCCAUACAGAACCUGACAGAAUGUGCAUGCAUUUCUGGUGAUGGGAUUCCAUCCACAGUUGUUCCAGGAAAAUGCCCACGUCCUGGGUGCCAGGAGGCUUUUCUCAUUUUCCUGUGUGUGAUUUGUGCCUGCAGCAUGAUAGGAGCUAUGGCUCAGACGCCCUCAGUCAUCAUCCUCAUCAGAACAGUCAGCCCAGAGUUGAAAUCAUAUGCACUUGGCGUACUGUUUCUCUUAUUGCGACUGCUGGGAUUCAUCCCACCUCCUUUGAUCUUUGGUGUUGGAAUUGACUCCACCUGCCUGUUCUGGAGCAGCGAAUGCAACACAAAGGGUGCAUGCAUGCUAUAUGACAAUGUAGCCUAUCGCCACCUCUAUGUGAGCUUGGCUAUUGUGCUAAAAAUAAUUGCCUUCCUGCUGUACACCACCACAUGGCAGUGUUUACGCUGCAACUACAAGAAGUACAUCAAGAAUAAUGAGGUGUAUGUGACAUCCCCUGAAAUUUUCUCUUCUGACAUUAAUUUGGAUAGUCUAGGCAAAGAAAUUAACAGGACAAAAUUUAUAUACAACCUGGAAGAUCAUGAAUGGUGUGAAAACAUGGAAUCUGUUUUAUAGUGGUUGGUGCUUGCUAAUGCAUAAGUAUCUUCUGAGGAUCACAUUGGUGGUUUAUAACUUUUUUUUAAAGAAUAGCACUUGAUUUCCUCCAUAUACAGUGAUGUGUAUGGUUUCGCUGGUCACUGUCUAUAAUGCACUUUUGGAAGUAAUGCUAAUAAUUCUUAGUCCAAUGUGUGGUUCAUUUUUCAGUUCCAGUAAUCCAUAGUAAGGUCCAUAAAUAAUUUGUCAUUGGCAUGGCUAUUUUUAUUUGAAUAGUACACUAAAUGUUGAAAGAGAAAAACUAAUAUGAGCUCAAACUGCAGCAUUACAGCACUUUUUUAUCAGCCUCUUAUUAAAGGAACCAAAAUGUGAGAUAAAAUCUGAUCAAAUCAGAUAAGCAUAGUUCUAAUUGAUCUAAAUGAAUCCAUAGACAUCCCCAGAUGCUGGGUUUCCCUGAUGAUGCUCAGGCCUUUACAGCACAUAUUUGCCGUUCUUACUUGGUCUUGGCUGAAUCUGAGCAGAUAAUAUAGAUAUAUAUCAGAAUUUAUCCUGUUGUUUUUGUCAGCUGCUAUAUGUCAUAUGGUUUUUGUCAUCUCUCAUAUGUCAUAUGUGUUAAAUUGAUUCAAAAAAUACAAUGAAACAGUUCCACUGGCAGCUAUAUACAUGUCCACGCUAUAAGAUGAGGAGGUAUGGUUUAGAUCAUGAGCAGUUCCUUCCCUUUUUCAAUUUUUUUUAUUUCCUAUCAUUGUGGAAACCAUUGAACAUUUAUAUAUUCAUAGAAUGUUGUUUCAGAACUGUACCAACUUUUGUUGUUUGACAUUUUAUUUAUUUGUUUUAGUUUACUAAAAUUAUUUAGUCAGGUUUUGCAGUUUUUGAAUUUUACCUUUCUAAUCACUCUGGUGAGGCUGUCUGUAGAUUGUUGACUACACACAGUUACACCUACCUCCUGGAGGGUGUUUCUGAUCUGGCCAAUUGUCUUAAAUGGGUUUUUCUUCACUAUGAUAGAAUUCUUCUGUUUUCUACCACUGUUCUUUUACAUGCUUUUUGGUGUUCCUGAGCUCACCUGUGUACUGACAGUUGUAAAUUGUUGUUUUGGCCAAAGUUAAUAUUUUUGCUAUGUCUCUGAUUGGUUUGUAUUUUAGCCUAAUCAUGCUUGCUUUGCUGGCAAUGACAGCUCCCAGGAGUUAAUAUUGCAAGUUAACAGCAACAGAUUUCAAAUGAGAAUUCCCAUCAUCCCUAGACAUUUUAUCUGUUAAUAAUCAUUGGGAUUAUGUAGAUUCCCUCAAAUUAAAGCUGAAAGUCUGUAACAUUAUGAUAAUAAUAUUCAUGAUUUAAUUUAAACUGCAAUGUACCCUAGUAGAAAGCAAAAAUGGCUUUGUAAUAACUUUGUCAAUGUUGAAAUAUUUAUGGACCUGACUGUAUCUUAUAGUUGGUAGUUGACUUGGAUUUGUUUGAACAAGAAGCAUAUAUUUAUAUACACAUGUACUAUACAUCCAGCCACAGAAUGUCAUGUUGUUUUCUCAAAUUACUCUGGUGUGAUCUUGGUCCCCUUAUUUUCCACAGUUUGGUAACUGUAGUGGGUUAUUUAGCAAUAACAUCAUUGCAGGCUUAUUGGGAGAUUCUCACAAGGAAGGAACUGCAUGUUACCAAAAGAUAUUCUGAUAAUUUGCACUGAUACAAAAGCUGAAAGAUGAGAUGUCAUUGUUUCGGUGAUGUUUUCUGAAAACAUCUAUAAAAUCUGGGGAAACAAAUUUAUUACUAAAAAACCCACUACAGUUACUGAAAUUUGAAAGAGACUAGAAGAACAAUGGACCAAGAUUACACAUUACACCAGAACAGAAACUAGUGAGAUCCAAUCAUUCAAACAAUGGGCCUCUUCACUUCCUAUUAAGUUAUGAUAACUAACUCUAGCUCUGAAAUCUUCUUUCAUUCUACAGUGGUUAUUGUUCUCUACUUUUGAUCACUAUAUAUAUUUGUUUGUAUAUUAUAUAUAUAUUUUUCUUCAUAUUUUGUUCCAAAAUUAUAUAUCUAUGAGAGGCAAAAGUGUGAAACUCUAAUAUUAGUAUUUAAUUUCAAGUUAAAAAUUACAGUCCAUCUGAUUUCAGUCAAUGGGUUGACAAUUAGGUCUCUGUAAGUGCUAUAUUUUAUUUAAAGAACUGAGAUAUAUCAAAGCCUGAUGUUCAUGAUGUGUGUGUGGAAGUAGAUUAUGGCAAAUACAAAAAGGGAGAUUUCUGAGGACUUAAGAAAAGGAGUUGUUGUUUGCAUUGGGCUGUAAAAUUUUACAAAACCAUCUCUAUAGAGUUUGGACUUCCAAAAAUCAGUCAGGCAGAUUCUUUAAGACUAUUUGACUAUUGGUACCCUCCCCAUGAGUUUUAAACCAACAAAGAUAACUCCAAAAGCAAGACAUGUAAUAGUUUGUUGGGCCAGAAAGGAGCCCAUUUUAACUUUAUAAACGACUGAAGGUUUCUUUUACUUUAUGUUAAUGUUGGCUAAUGUUUGUGAGUCUGCCAUGAGGUGAACACUGAACAACCUUGCUGUGCAUAUGGCAGCAGGGAAAAAAGAACAUUGCUGCCCAUGAAGUUUGCUAAAGAUCAUGUGGAGGUCUAUUAGAAAAAUUAUUUGUGGAGACAUGAGACCAAAAUAUAACUUUUUGAUUUAAAAUGAGGACCGUUAUUUUUGGAGAAAGGAAAAUGCUGAAUUCCAGCAUACUAACUUUAUACCUUCUGUGAAACAUGGUCUUGGUAGUAUCAUGCUUUGUGCCUGCCAGCCAGGAGAGCUUGCCAUCAUUGAUGGAACAACGAAUACAGAAUUAUAAAAGUAAAUUUGAAAGGACAAUGGCAAGACAUCUGUCCAGGAACUGAAUCUCAGGAGAAAAUGGGUCAUACACCAAGACAAUAAUCACAAGCAAUUAAGUCUGUCUUCCAAACAAUGAUUAAAGAGGAGCAAAGAUAUUGUUUUGGAAUGGCCAAGUCAAAUUCCUGACAUUAAUCCAAAGGAUCUGAAGCAAGCAGUUCAUGUGAGGACAUCCACCAAAACCCCAGUGUCCUAGCUGUUCUGUUCUGUGGAAUCGAAUAAAAUUCUUCCAAGCCAUUGUGCAGGACUGAUCAAAAAUUACUGCGCAUGGGCUCACAACAGAUGCUGAAAACGAAAGUUCACAUAGUUUUGCAAGUCAAAGAUAUGUAAUGCUGGAUCAUUUUACUCAAUAAUUAAAUGAAGAAAUAUAAUAAAAAUAUAUAUAUAAAAAAAGCUACAUAUUUGUAAAUAUUUCACACUUUUGAUAUGCCUUUGCUUAGCAGAGGGCAAAAUAUUAUCUACCAACAAGCUUCACACACACACACACACACACACACACACACACACACACACACACACACACACAGCAUUGGGCAUUGCAAUUCAUUGGGCCUCCAGAAAAAACAAAAGCAACUCAUUUGUAAAUAUUUUGCACUUGUAAUAUGCAUUUGUCCAGCUGGGGCAAUAUCUUCUCUACCAACAAACUUCGCGCGCGCACACACACACACACACACACACACACACACACACACAAGCAUUGGGCAUUGCAUUUCAUUGGGCCUCCAAGAAAAAAAAUAUCAUUUGUAAAUAUUUCACACCUGUAAUAUGCAUUUGUCCAGCUGGGAGCAAUAUCUUCUUUACCAACAAGCUUUACACACACACACAUGCACACACGCGCACACAUGCACACACAAGCAUUGGGCAUUGCAAUUCAUUAGGCCUCCAGAAAAAACAAAAGCUACUCAUUUGUAAAUAUUUCACACUUGUAAAAUGCAUUUGUCCAGCUGGGAGCAAUGUCUUCUUUACCAACAAGCUUCACACACACACACACACACACACACACACACACACACACACACACACACACGCA